GUUCCCUUACUUUACAAGAAUAUAUUUUUCAUAUAUUGAUUCUAAUAACAGUGUUUGUAAGAGAUACGCAAAUUUAAUUAUCAAUUCUGUAUUAUUGAACGCUACUUCAGUUCUAAGAAGAAAGGAUAUUUUAUUGAUAAAAGGAUGAUAAAUUUUAAAAUUUCCGCACCGGGCAGAAUCGUCUUAUCCGGAGAGCAUUCGGCGACGUAUGGAAGAUAUUUUGUUAUGGCCGGUUUAGAUCAUCGUACCAAUCUCGAAUUCUGUGAACUACCUGUGGCAGAAAGAAUUAUUAAGCUAGAAUUCCCUCGUGUCAAUCUACAAUGCGAUAUAUCUUUAGUAACAGUUGAACAUUAUUUUUUUCAUAGAAAUGUUUCGAAUAUUCAGUCAAAUCCAGUCGAGUUUCUUAAAUUCGUGAAAUUCUUUAUAGACUGGGCUCGUAUGUGGAAGACAUGCGAGCAGCGAUUUAGCUUACAAAUAUUUUUCUACCUGCUUUGUUUGAUGACCAACAAUCUCGAGAGAAGACCUUUUCACGUGUGCGUAACCACUGAAAUUCCUUUUGGAUCUGGUCUUGGAAGUUCGACAUCGUUCGCUGUAUGUUUGGCAGCGUGUUUUCUUCAUUGGGAGCGUCGACAGAAAGGUUAUCAUAUUGCAUUUAAUAAUCGGGAAUUAGAAGUAAUUGAACGUUACACCAAAUCCUGCGAAGAAAUUAUGCAAGACAAUACGUUCACAUUGAUCGAUGCCAAACUUUGCGUACGCGGCGGAAUAAAAAAAUGUCGACGUACGAGUUAUAAAACUUAUUUUACGGAGACUAUCGAUUUCGUAUCAGGACUAAGGAUUUUAUUGAUUAAUACAAAUAUUCCCCAAAAUAAAGAACAACAAGCACAACAAAUGAUUGAUCUGCGACGUAGAAAUCCGAUCUAUUUCAAUUGUUUAUUAGAUAGAUUAGACACAAUAGCAACACAAAUAUGGGAUAAGCUUCAUUGUAUUUGUAAUAAUUUUAUAGAUCGCCGAUUAAUUCAGGAUUUUUAUCGUCAGUUAGAGACAGACAUUAUGUGGAAUCAGCAAUUAUUAAAGGAUAAUGAUUUGUCGCUUCCAAAAUUCAAUGAAGUUUGCUCAAUUGCAAAUAAAUUUGGAUUAAAAGGAAAGCUUACAGGUUUUACAGGGGGAUACGUAUACAUUCUUCUAUCACCAAAGGUUACAGACGAAACAAUCAAUAAAAUUAAGGCACAAUUCUUGAAGCAACGUAUCGAUUGCAUAUCUUCCACCUUUGAUAUCGAUGGAGUGAAAAUUGAUUGAAUAAUUCUACUCUAAAAUUAUAGCGACUCCAUACAACAAGAUUGCAGCAGUAUUGUGGCAACAUUUCACUGCAAUAUUACAGCAUUGCAUAAACAUUGUGAAAUAUUGCAGCAAUUUUGCUGCAAAGUUGCAGCAACGAUAAAAUGUCCGC